AUGUCGUCUGCCGCUGUACACGAAGCUGGAAUCAAGCCAUUCUUCGAGCAACGUAUCCAAGAUACAGAGAUUGAAAUCAACUCGAAGACGCAGAAUCUACGCCGUCUUGAAGCUCAGAGAAACUCUCUAAAUUCCAAAGUUCGUCUGCUGAAGGAUGAGCUCAAACUCCUCCAAGAACCAGGCUCCUACGUCGGCGAGGUGAUCAAGCCUUUGAGCAAGAAGAAAGUGCUGGUGAAGAUUCAUCCAGAGGGGAAAUACAUUGUGGACUUGUCACCUGAUAUUGACGUGAAGGAUAUCAAGGCAUCAUUGAGGGUUUGCCUCAAGUCUGAUUCGUAUCUCUUGCACAAGAUAUUACCGAACAAAGUUGAUCCGUUGGUGAGUUUAAUGAUGGUGGAGAAAGUGCCGGAUUCGACGUAUGAUAUGGUUGGUGGAUUGACCAAACAGAUCAAGGAGAUUAAGGAAGUUAUUGAGUUACCAGUGAAGCAUCCAGAGUUGUUUGAAUCUCUAGGUAUUGCACAGCCAAAAGGUGUAAUCCUUUAUGGGCCUCCUGGUACAGGUAAGACAUUGCUGGCUAGAGCUGUGGCUCAUCAUACGGACUGUAAGUUCAUCAGAGUCUCCGGUUCUGAACUGGUUCAAAAAUAUAUCGGUGAAGGUUCAAGAAUGGUUAGAGAGCUAUUCGUCAUGGCUAGAGAACAUGCUCCUUCCAUUAUCUUUAUGGAUGAAAUCGACUCCAUCGGCUCUUCAAGAGUUGAAGGUUCCAGUGGUGGUGACUCCGAAGUGCAAAGAACAAUGUUGGAGUUGUUGAAUCAAUUGGAUGGGUUUGAGAACUCCAAGGAUAUUAAAAUCAUCAUGGCAACUAACAGACUGGAUAUCUUGGAUCCUGCUCUCUUAAGACCGGGAAGAAUUGAUAGAAAGAUUGAGUUCCCCGCCCCAACUGUUGCCGCAAGAACAGAAAUAUUGAGAAUCCACUCAAGGGCGAUGAACUUGACAAGAGGUAUAAACUUGAGAAAGAUUGCAGAAAAGAUGAAUGGCUGCUCAGGUGCUGAUGUGAAAGGUGUUUGUACGGAGGCUGGUAUGUACGCAUUGAGAGAACGUAGAAUCCACGUUACACAAGAAGAUUUUGAACUUGCAGUGGCAAAGGUUAUGAACAAGAACGACGAAGCACAAGUCUCCGUGGCAAAGCUCUACAAAUAG